AUGUCUUCGGACGAUGUACACACCCUCUUUAUUCCUCACUCAGUCUCGAGAUUUGUCUUCACAGUCGUCUUGCUUGCUCUCGUCUCAUACUUCGGAACCAUCUUGUACGAUGCAUUCUUCGGUCCGCUCAGCAAAUUUCCAGGCCCCAAACUUCGAGCCGUGAGCAAGCUUCCUGGGACAUACACGACAAUCACAGGUCGCGAUGCAUUCGUCCGCGCAGAUCUUCAUGAGAAGUACGGGCCUGUCGUGCGUGUCAACCCAGCCGAGAUAUCCUUCAACAACGGGGCAGAGGCCUGGGAAUCCAUAUACGGCUUCAAGAAACCGAAACCUUUUCGAGAUCCCCAGUUUUAUGCUGUGGGUGUCAAUGGCUGUCCAGAUGUAGUCAGUUCCGAUGAAGAGAACCACUCGAGGCAACGGAAGAUUCUUUCGACUGGGUUCAGCGACAAGGCCAUCAAGGGGUAUGAACCUUUAUUGAGGUCUUGGGCCCAAAAGAUGAUUACCAAGAUGUUUGAGCAGGCCAACAAAGCCGGCGAGAUUGAUAUGCUCAAGUACCUCAACUGUACUACGUUUGAUGUCAUGGGGGACCUAGCGUUCGGGGAAGGCUUGAAUAUGCUCGAAGACGGCGAGCUCUCUCCAUGGGUCCAAACGAUUUUCGCCGGAUUCAAAGCCGGGACAUUCUGGCGUUGCGUGAUGCAAUACUCGACUUUGACCAACUGGGUAGUCGGAAAGCUGCUCUUCAGCAGCAAGCAGGUUCGUGUGAAGAUGUGGCAGAAUUUCGAGUACUGCCAAAGUCGAAUGGACAAGAGACUUUCCCACGAACCGGAUCAUCCUGAUCUUUGGUCGAAGGCAGUGGAGAAGUCAGGGGGCGUUGAGGGGUUGACCGUAGAUGAGUUCCAUUCAAAUUCUGUUACGUUCAUGGUAGCUGGAACCGAGACUACUGCCACCGCCCUUAGCGGCCUAAUCUAUCUUCUUCAUCAGAGAGACAACAGGGAUGCUCUAGAGAAGCUGAAACUAGAAGUCCGCAACAGCUUUGCAAGCCUUGAAGAAAUCACCUUGGACAGCCUAUCUCGUCUAGACUACCUACAGACCGUCCUCCAAGAAGGGCUUAGACUUUACCCUCCAGCUCCAAGUCAACUUCCGCGACGAACACCUCCUGAGGGCAUGCUAGUUUGCGGCCAGUACAUACCCGGAGGCAUUACUGUCGCCGUACAUCCCCUAGGCACCUUCAUGUCGCCGACGCACUUCAAAGAUCCGAAGAAGUUUCGCCCGGAGCGUUGGCUUGGUCACCCUGAUUACAAAGGCGAUCAUUUGGAUGCUGUGGAGCCUUUCUCAUACGGACCGCAGAAUUGCUUGGGCAAGAGCCUCGCCUGGCACGAAAUGCGAUUACUUCUAGCAUCUCUAAUCCUCAGCUUCGACAUUGAGCUCACAGCUGAAGCUAAGGGUUGGAUCGAUCAGAACAUUUACGUGUUGUGGGAGAAGAAGCCGCUGAUGUGCACGCUGAGACAACUAGCCAGAUCUUCCUAG